AUGACCACGGCGGCAGGCUUCCCCGCGCAGGAGCUCUCGGCCACGCUGCAUGGACUUCUCAUGACGGUCAACAGCCUGAUGGUCCGUUUUCUCGUCCACUUUGGUCGCUCUGUGCUGACCCCAAGCAUCGCGACAACAGCGCGGACCACGUUUCCAAAAAUUCUAAUAUCCGUGCCGGAGGCUGCGCAGAAAGGACGCCUUUCCGCAAAGAACCCCGAGCUGCAGAAACUUUUCCUGAGGAUGGACCGAACUGCUGGGAUCGUGCAUGCCUUUGUGGAAAGUCCUCCUCGUCUUACUCCCAAGUGCGACUCCAAGUGUCUGACAAAGCAGUUGCGGAGGAACGGCAAGAACUGGAUCAAGAUUGAAAUAUCUCCACACCCAAAUCUCAUUUCUAAAUCCAACACCAGUCCCAGUUUUGAGACAGUGGAACUAAGUGCCCAUAUUGCUGUUGAAGUCUGUGCCAGUUGGAAUGGUGGGAAGCUGUCUGUAUUCCAUUUAGUGUGCAAUGAUAAAACAUCCAGCAUCAAUUAA